GCCCCGGAAGCGGGCUGUGGGGCGCGCACGCGGCCGCGGGACAGGGUAGUCGGUGCUGCGGGCGCUGACACUUCUCUGCCCCGGCCGGAGUCGCGCAGGACGAGCCAUGGAGUACGUGCCGCCACACGCGGCGCCCACCCAAGGACACAUCCUGUGCUGUGAGUGCGGUGUGCCUGUGCCUCCCAACCCUGCCAGCAUGUGCGUGGCCUGCCUGCGCUCCCGUGUGGACAUCACCGUCGGCAUCCCCAAGCAGGCCAACAUUCACUUCUGCAAGCAGUGCAGCAGGUAUCUUCAGCCUCCAGGAACUUGGAUCCAAUGUGCCUUAGAAUCAAGAGAACUUCUUACUUUGUGUCUUAAAAAAAUCAAAGCCUCCCUUAGCAAGGUCCGGCUGAUUGAUGCAGGCUUUGUUUGGACUGAACCCCACUCUAAGAGACUUAAAGUAAAGCUAACUGUGCAAAAAGAGGUUAUGAAUGGAGCAAUUCUUCAGCAGGUGUUUGUGGUGGAAUAUGUUAUUCAUUCUCAAAUGUGUGAUGACUGCCAUAGAAUUGAAGCUAAGGACUUCUGGAAAGCAGUAGUUCAAGUCAGACAGAAGACUUCUCACAAAAAGACUUUCUUCUAUUUGGAGCAGUUGAUUUUAAAGCACAAACUUCAUCAAAAUACCCUUCGCAUUAAAGAGAUUCAUGAUGGCCUGGAUUUUUAUUAUGCUUCAAAACAGCAUGCCCAGAAGAUGGUAGACUUUCUUCACUGUACAGUUCCUGCCAGAUCAAAAUCAUCCCAGCGUUUGAUUUCUCAUGAUAUCCAUAGCAAUGUCUACAAUUACAAAAGUACUUUCUCCGUGGAGAUUGUUCCAAUAUGCAAGGACAAUGUAGUAUGUUUGUCACCCAAAUUAGCACAGAGCCUGGGGAACAUGAACCAGAUAUGUGUGUGCAUCAGAGUGACAAGUACCAUUCACCUCAUUGAUCCCAACACUCUGCAGAUUGCUGACAUUGAUGGAAAUACUUACUGGCGUCAUCCUUUCAAUAGCUUGUUCCAUCCAAAGCAGCUGGAGGAGUUUAUUGUUAUGGAUAUCAGCAGAGUCCAAGAAAGGAAACUAAGUGCAGGUGCAGGGAUGAGAUCAAACAAACAUACUCUGGCUGAAGCUUGGGUAAAGAAGACAUCAGAGAUGAAUACGGAUCAUCAGUAUUUCUGCCGCACCCAUUUGGGACACCUUCUAAAUCCUGGGGACCUAGUUUUGGGAUUCGACUUGGCCAAUUGUAACCUAAAUGAUGAAUUUGCAAAUAAAAUGAAUCCACAUGAUGUUCCAGAUGUGGUAUUAAUAAAGAAGAGUUAUGACCGUAGUAAACGCCAGCAUCGCAGGAACUGGAAACUGAAAGAGCUGGAAAGGGAUAGAGAAGGCAUGGAUACAGAUGAUGAAAGACAGUACCAGGACUUCCUUGAAGAUCUUGAAGAAGAUGAGGCAAUUCGAAAGAAUGUCAAUAUUUAUAAAAGUACACACAUUCCAGUGGAGAGCGACACAGAUGAUGAUGGUGCUCCACGGAUCAGUCUGGCUGAGAUGCUAGAGGAUCUCCAUAUCUCCCAAGAUGCAACUGGUGGGGAAGGUGCUGAUAUGAUGACAUAAUAAGAAUGUGCAUUCAUAAAUGCAGCAAAGUUCCCUCCCUUGAAGGAAAAAAUUUCCAGUAUUUAAAUAAAUGCUACGAACUGCUAAGCUUAACUAUAGGCAUGUAUAUGAUCUCAUGAAUGGGCAGUUAUACACACAUAUUUUACUGUAUCCUAAAUCAGCUUAUUUUGUGGAUAUGAUAGAAUCGUCCUGGAGAUCAGAAUUCCUUAGUGGCAAACUGCUGAUGUAGGCAUCACAACAUUAAACGAGCAUACGCUUUGGAAGUGUCGCUCGCCACUCAUGUAACUUCUGUGGAAACAAAGUGACAAACUGAAGAAAGGAUUGUCUUGUGGUUAAGGAAAAGAAGUAGGAAUCACAAGAUCAAGGUUCUGUUGCUGGUUGUUAGACUUCCUGUCUCGGUUAAUCUUUUUCUGCCACCACUCUUAAGUUUCCUUACCUGUAAAAUAGGAAUAUUAUCCUACUUCACAGGAGAGUUUUUGUCAGGGUUUUUUUUUUUUUAAUCCUUUCUAGACCUUCAAGUAGAAUAUACUAAAUACAUCUGUAUUACAUAUUUUUAAACUUAAGUGGGUGGCUUCCCUGUCCUCUGUAUAGCAAAGAUUGGGCAUCCCUGCUCAGUAUAAUACAUACUGCGCAAUCCAGAAUGUCAGUGCAAGUGAGUGAGAGCAAUAUGAAUAAACUAUCUACAUCCUUAUAUUAAAAACAGGUAGAUAUAUGAAAAUCUUUAACAUCCAGUAAAUGUACGAUUUCAUUGGAUGGAAAUAAGGAUAAGCAUGUAUAAAAAGCAAAACCUGUAAUGCCACUUUCCCUUUAAUUUUUCUGAAAAGGAUGAUUCAGAGUAACUGGGAAGGGCCAUAAGGAGACAUCCACGCAGAACAGUUGAAAGAAAAGGUCAAAAGUUAGAAAAGGCUGCAUUGGCCUUCAAGAUAAGGUGAAGAUAUACCCGGUGGUACUGCCAGUAACCUAGACACUGUGCCAUGUGGAGAAGAAUGGCUGUAAUUAAUCUUAUAGUCAAGUUUCAGUUCCUCCCUGUGACCUUUUAUUCAUGGACCUUGCUUGAUCCAGGCCUUAAAUAUCCUUAGUGCCUAGGGGCUAGAACCAAUUCCAGUUGAAGUCAAUGGCAGUCUCCAAAAGUGGGAUUAGGCUUGAUUCUUUUCUGGAUUAUUCUUCAUAAUGUUGUAAUUUGUUUAAGUUCAUCUUAGUAUUGUCCAUUUGUACCCCAAAAAAGAUGAUUUGGCAGGCAUUUUUAUGUAGCUAAGUUUGGGAGGGGGGCAUCUUGGCACUGAACAAGAGUGGCACACAAAGGGAUGACUAUUAUUUUGCAUCUGUGUUACGCUGACCUGAUGAUCUACAUCCUCUUUCAGGAGGUUUGUCAAGUUUUUACACUGUACGGAAUCGCAUUUAAAAAACCAAAGUCCAUAAGGCUGCUUUGAUCCCCAGUCGCACUUCAUGCCAUAAGGUCCAAAAUAGAAAAUUCAUUAAAAAAAGUUUUUACAGUUUUUUUCACGAGAGUGCAGCUAUGUAGCCAAAGUGAAUUAUCACUGUCAUAAAUAUGGAUUUUAUUAUACAGACUUUACUAUUGUGGGGAAAAUGAUGUAGAAAUUUGGCCACAAAAAUAUGCUGCAAUGCAACUUUGUGUGGAAAUUUGUUUCUGGAAUUCUGACUUAAAAUUUGAAUUAAUUUGUUCUCUACCUGACUGAGGUAUGUUUUGGGCUGUACUGUGCUCACAUGUUUAAAGGAGCUAACAUGCCCAAGCCUUUCUUAAACAAAUAACAGAGCAAGUGGUGAGUUGUGUAAUGAGAGCUACAGCGUUUGUAAUAAACCUAGUUUCUCCUAUG